AUCGCCCGGCAGGUGAACUUGAACCCCACUCCUUUGGACGACGACAAGGCCAAUGAUGCUUGUCUCGACGGUGGUGAACCCACUGAUAUAAAGACUGCUAUCAUCCCUCUUCCAAAACCAGUCAGCUUGGUGGAUCUACCUACCGAGAUAAUCCAUGAGAUCGCGAAGAAGCUCCAUCCUGUUGAUCGUGUGUGUCUCGCCUUGACAUGCAAGCGUCUCGCCCUAGCAAUCGUGUCUGCCCCUCGCCUCAGCCCAGCAACCUGGUCCCUCUUUUCCGAUCAGCGCUUCGGAUGGCUGCCCCCCGAAUCAUUCAGUCUCAUUCUCCGUCUCGCACACGGUUGGAUCCCAAAGGACAAGCUGCGGUAUUGUUGGAAAUGCCACAAGAUCAUGCCGCGCGAGGAAGCCUUCUUCCGCAGAAGGCUGACAUACAAAAAAAACCCCAAGUGGAGCGUCAAGGUCAACCUUCCGAAACAUGAGUGGGAUCAGAUGAGGAAGAAGGAUAGAUACAAGCACCUCGUCCAGACGUGGUGCACCUCUCCGGCCGAGGAUAGCAGCUGUCUGUACUGUGAUGUAUGCCGCAACAUGCAUCUCGAAGCCAGUAACGCUCAACUUCCCCACCCGGUCGAGUGCCCAACGUGCCUUGAGAGAGAGUUGACAUACGUGUGGCGGCCUAAGCGCAAACAAUUGCUUCGGAGGUGCAUGUGUGAUCUUGUCAGUUUAUGCUGCGGCCCGAUCAAGUGGGUUAUCGAGCGGAUUGCAAUCUACCUGCUUUCGGGCUGCUCUGCGGUUGUCAGAAUGGUGUACAACCAAGGCUGUAGAUGUUGGAGGGCGAUC